AUGGCGCGUUCUCGUGAAAGACUCCCCCUUUCCUCAAUCAGCCUGCUCCAUACUCUCCCGCUGCCGAAAGAUUUGACGGACUCUCUGACGGAGGCCCUGCGUCUUCCCAGCAGCAAGAGCUCCCCGCGCCAGCUGGCACCCGGCAGGACCCCCCUGAAACGAAAACCCGCGGACUACGCUGAGCGCGCGGAGCGGUACGCCAUGAUUCUGCAGCUGCUGAAAAGCGAGCCUGCGAAACCCCUGGCCCACAGGAGGAGCCCAGCUUUUGGGGGGCAGAAAGUGCCCGCGUUUUGGGGGGGGGAGAUUGUUCAGAGAGCGGCGGCGGGGCCAGGCGCAACGCGGUUGAGUGCGGUAGAGAAUGAUGCUCCGAAGGCGGGGGGCAAUGAGCAUUCUGCUGGUGGAGGUGUGGGCACAGGCUCACAGAAGAUAGCGGGAAUGGACCCGCCAGGAAAGAAAGCUCCAGCGGAGCAGGAGUUGAAGGGUCCGCCCGUCAGUCAUAUCGAUCUCACAGGUUUUCGAAGGGGGGGCGACCAGCGCCCGCGGCUGACAGAGAAGCCUCAAAACGUAGGUAAUCCAGUGUUGCUGAGCUCAACUAGAAAGCAGGAGAGUGAGAAAGAAGUGAAAGGGGGUGGUCGAAAGAGAGAGGUGCGGCCGAAAGACAAGAGGAUUGACGAGCGGUCUUUGGGAUUGGGGGGUCAGGAAAAGGGGCGGAGGGAGGGAGGAACUCUGGGGACAAGUGCAGGAUUGGUGGGUGGACUCUCAACUGGUCGGUGGCCGAUUCAAGCGGGGAUUGCGCACAUUGAGAGCGUGAAUCGGAAGAAGCUGAAAGGAGACUUUGGCACAUUGCAAGUGGAAGGUGGCAGCCCUCCCCUGAGCCCCACAACCCAGGAAGCCGCUCUCCUGGCAGAGCUCGAACUGCUCAAUCGCCAGCUGGAAAGCGUCCGGAUUUCGGAGCGACUCGGGUCAGGAUCCAAUUCGGACAAGCCCGUAGCUAAGAGACGGCUUGCGUAUGUCAGCCACGGCGAGAGCGGGGUACCGGAGCCGGGUGCGGAUGUGCAUGAGGGAGAAAUUGGGGGAUCCCUGGAGCGGCGUGCGGGGAUCGACGCAAGCGCAAUCGAGGCCUUUGCAGAGGCCGUGAAGGCGACGGUUGGGAAGAGUGGGAGGAAACUAGAGGCGGGUACGAAGAGCGGAAGGAGAUCGGAGGCCGAAGAGAACAGCGUGGGGACAACAAAGGGGGGACGAAGGGAGGGAGGCAGAUUUGAGGAAGAACAGGGAGAGUUAUCAGAGGCGGGGAGAAAUUCUAGGAGGAGAUUAGAAGAGGCCGAAGGAAAGAACAAAAGUCUGGAGAAAGAAGAAAGGCGCACAAAUGAUGUCAUCGCGAGGAGUUUAGCAACUCGAAGAAGGUUUCCGUCAACAGCUUCCAACGAUUUAGAGAGUCGGAAGAAUAGCAACACCUCUGGGCAGCGCGGGCGGCUAAGCACUGCCGACCAACCCAAAACCCCAAAACCCCAGCUUCCAAAAACGCCGGACUCUCGAGCGGUCAGCCGAAGAAAGUCCCAAAGCGACGGCGUCUCAGAAGCACGGCUGUGCGCCAGUGAGAUGCUCGAGCCCAUUCCGGCGGCGCGCCUUCGGCGGCACUCCGGAACCUCUGAGCGGAAUUGUUGUUCCGCUGUGGAACCGCUGCGGAACUUCAGGACGCACCGUUCGUCUGGGAGUUUUCCUGGAGUUGCCGUCGGGAAAGCGGCGAGAAAGCCGUCGGUACCGGCCGCGCAGAAAAUCGAUAAGGAGCGACAAAGAUCCGGGCCCGCGGAUCAACGAGGAUCCGAAGGGACUUCGAGCAGCGCAGCGGAGUCCGGGAUCGUGACUGGAGCGGAACAACGAAACGGAAGAGAAGAUCGAGCGCAGCCAGCGGAUGCUUUUGAAAAGGAGAGGAAACUUCAGUCCCAUGCGACCGGUCUGAGCUCCCGGGUGAAGGCGGAGGGGACGGCAGCACACCCGGGGGAAAGGGCGCAACUAGAGGUGGCGGAUCAGACGGUCAGGGCGUUGCCCCAAGAAACGGGGAGCGGUCGAGACGACGGUCAGCUUUUGGAGCAGGAAGGAAGUGAAGCGGUUAGUGCGGUUCUGAUGGACACAGUUCCGUCGUCUGCCACGAGCGGAGCCAACGGAAGAGCGGGACCGGACAAGCCCCUGUGCGUCUUUGUGAGGUUGUCGCAGCUGGCGGGGCGGCGGCGGGCGAGCAGCGUCACUGAUGGGCGCCACGUGGCAGCACCGGAGUUUCUCAUCACCGCUGCGCAGGGGGACGAAGUCUGUUUGCCGCACUCUGGGCGGAGAACUGAACGGCGAAGGGCGGUGAGCCACACGUCGGGAGAGCGCCACGUGGCAGUAGGAGAGGCCGAUGCAACACUGGGGGACCAGCAAGUUCCGGGGCCGGAGUCUGCCGCCUCUAGUUUUGUUGUAGAGUGGCCUAGCGACUUGGAGAUCAGCUCGAAAGCAGCGGCCCGGGCGGAAAGCGGUGGAGGCGUUCUGGCGACGGAAGAGCGGGCAAGGGCUGAGGGAGCGUCGCCAGAAAGGUUGCCAGCGGUCGAAGCGAGCUCGGACGGUGAGGCGCUCGCGGCUAUGUACGAAGUAGAAACAGGGAGCGAGGAAAAGCGGUCGGGAGAUAACCCCGAAGACGCCUGGGGGGAGUUUGUGGGCGCUCAAGAAGAUAUAAACUCGUCCAGCGGGUCGCCAAAAGAGGAGCCUGAGAAAUUGGGAAGUACCACAGGGUGGUCCAGGGGAGUUGCUGACGAGGAGAUGUAUCUCUGCGCGGAGCGCGCGCGGCUGCCGAGAGUAGAAACGCUUUUCGAGACGGGUUGGGACUCUGAGGGGGAAUCUAGGAAAGCGGGAGAGAGCGCGCGGCAGGGGGGCCGCGCGCGCAGGGGCGGGGUUUCGGGGUUUUGGAAGCGGGUCGAGACCAAGGACGUGGAAGAGGCGGGUUCGACCGGGGUCUCGGGCCCGGCGACCGACGGAGGCCCCGCUGAGAAGUCGGCUGCAUCCAGCGACGAUGGAUCGCCGGGCCCCGAGGGAGACGUUUCCCAAAACGGGGCCUCGGUGGCGAAGCUCGUCGCCCAGUUCGAGCUCCUCUGGGCGGAACCGUCAGCUCGGGAUGAUGACGUAGCAAGUGACGUCAAGUUGGUGGAGUCGACUUUGUUGGAAGACUCCGUGGAAGGUGAGGCGGAAGCGGGGUUGAGCGGAGCGGAACCGGUGUGGGUCCAGUGGGAGAGGGAGUUGCUGGAGACGAGCAGCCGGGAACAGAGUCCUCGGAGACGGACAUGGGACGCAUGA